AUGUCCUCGCACAUUGGACAGCAGACUCCCCUCAAUUCCUGCACUUACACAGCGCAUGUCACCCAGCCAUACUUGUUGGGCAUUCACACCCACACAAUCAGUCCCCAAAGAGAUAAGACACUAGUCCAAAUAGUAGAUGCCAAACCAUCUACUUCACUGGUGAUCCCGGAGUCACACGUCAUGAACACGACAACGGCAGCAGCAGCACAAGGACUGCCUAGGCCUUGGCUGAUUGGGGAGCCUACCGGCUCCCCUGUUGAUCUCCACUCCAACUAUACCUUCAGCUCCCAGCCAUACCUCUGUAGAGAUGUAUGUAAACUUCAGGAGAAAGAGCUGUUUUAUGCCAAACUUGCAUCUGUGGCAGACAAUUGUCCUCGGCAAGAUAUUCGUAUUGCUCUGGGUGACUCCAAUGCGGAAGUCAGUAGAUGGAGACUGACGUCGACCGAACCAGCGGAGGAGGCCUUGUCAAGGAUUUCGACUGAACGUACAGGACUGGCGAUGAUGGCCAGCCUUGAAGAGGAGAAACCUGUCACAGCCCAUUCAGCUCACAGUAGUGCAGUGCCAAAGGGGAAUUUCAGUGCACUCGCCCGUCGCCUUGCUGUCCGCACCAUACCAGCAGACCUUCCUCCCCAGCGCCGGAAUAGUGUGACAACGAGAGGCGGCAUGGACGAGGUGGACUACCUGGUGGUGGAGGAGCAGGAGGGAGAGGACUUCUCGGGGGUCGCCCCAUUCAUGAAUGCCGCGGCAGGAAUCAUGGUCGUCUCGGCCGCCGUCGGGAUCUGCGCGAACCUAUACGUGGUGUGCGCCGCCUCCAUGUCACUCAAAAGCAACGUCGUCAAUGCGUACGUGCUGCAGCGGACGCUGGCCCAACUGCUGUUCCUGCUGUUCACGCCGACCCUGGCCGCACACAUUUUCCUGCACGGCUGGACGUUCGGUGACGUCCUCUGCCGGAUGACCGUCGGCUUCGUCCACAUCGCAGAGUACGCGGAGAUAUUCUUCCUGAUUGCCAUGAGCGUCGAUGGCCACAAAGCCUUCGACACCUACAGCACCGACACGCGUCAGCGGGAUUCCAAGAUCGCUGCGGCCACCAUCUGGGUCCUCGCCAUCAUCUUGGGCGCCCCGCUGUUCGCACUGUUCGGCACGAUACAGGGCCCGGACGGCAUGGCCUUCUGCACCCUCCUCUACAUCAACUGGGGCACAAUCGUGAUCUUCAACCACGUCAACCUACUGCUUAUGCUCGUCGCGCUCGUGGUGCCGUGCGCGCUGCUGCCGGGCAUGUUCCCUCCACGAGACGGCCGGCGGAGGGAGCUCAGCGACGAGGCCCUGGCGGCCAGACGUCUGGUCCUGGCGCUCGUGGCGGCCUUCUGGCUCUUCCGUCUGCCGUACGCCGUCAUCCAUUUCUGCGGCAGUCUCACCCACUACUUCAACCCGAGCCUAAUAAGGGCGUUGCACCUGACGGCGAUGCUGCCCUACGUCAACGCCGCCGUUGACCCCGUCAUCUACAUCGUGCUGCGCCGGAGCCUCGCUUCCCCGCGCGCAGCCGCCCACACCAGGGGCGUCGAGAUCACGUACGUGAACCUGAUCCCCGAACUCUAGGACGGGACCUAGGCUGGGGGGGGGGGGGGGUGCGUCGCUUGGCCGGCGCUUCAACUAGGGCUACAAGGACCGAGGCGAAAGUCCCGGGAUGCUUGUAGGAAUAAUACAUGGCCAAGAUAUACAGCCACAGCGUGCCAAUAUACAAAUAUAUAUGUAUAUAUAUACUUGUGCCGCGAUAGUCCAGUAGUUAGCGCACUGGCCUCCGGCCCUUGUGGUCCCGAGUUCAAUUCCCCGUCACAGAGGUCGUAAAAAAUAUUUG